GAGCAAGGAUGGAUGACACUGGGGAAGGAGGUCCCCUCACCAUGUGGCUGCCCGUGGUGGCCCUUGUGGGCCUCUACUAUCUCCUGCGCUGGUACUGGGAGAGGCAGGUGGUGAGCCACCUCCAGGACAAGUACGUCUUCAUCACGGGCUGCGACUCGGGCUUCGGGAACCUGCUGGCCAGGCAGCUGGACCUGCGAGGCUUGAGGGUGCUGGCCGCGUGUCUGACGGAGGAGGGGGCCCAGCAGCUGAGAGGCCAGACGUCAGACAGGCUGGAGACGGUGAUCCUGGACGUCACCAAGACAGAGAGCAUCUCUGCGGCCGCCCAGUGGGUGAAGGAGCGUGUGGGGGACAGAGGACUCUGGGGCCUGGUCAACAAUGCAGGCAUUUUUCACCCACAUUGCUACAGUGAGUGGCUGAAGAUGGAGGACUAUAUGGAUGUCCUCAAAGUGAACCUCAUUGGUUUGAUUGAGUUGACCUUGAGCAUGCUUCCCUUGGUGAGGAGAGCACGGGGGAGGAUUGUUAAUGUCUCCAGCAUUCUGGGAAGAAUUGCUUUCUUUGGAGGAGUCUACUGUAGCUCCAAGUAUGGAGUAGAAGCCUUUUCAGAUAUUCUGAGGCGUGAGCUUCAACAUUUUGGGGUGAAAAUCAGCAUAGUUGAACCUGGCUACUUCAGAACCGGAAUGACAGAACCACAGCAGUGCUUAGAGAAACUAAAGCAAGCCUGGGAAGAAGUCCCUGUGCAUAUCAAGGAAGCCUAUGGACAGAAGUUUUUUGACACCCAUUACGAUGGUGUCAAACAAGGGCUGUUGAAAUGUAGCACAAACCUGAACCUGGUCACUGACUGCAUGGAACAUGCUUUGACAUCUGUGCAUCCCCGCACUCGAUAUUCAGCUGGCUGGGACUCUCUGUUUUUCUUCAUUCCUCUAUCUUAUUUACCCACAUCUCUGUCAGACUACAUAUUGACUAGAUCUUGGCCCAAACCAGCCCAGGCAGUCUAAAGAAAACUGGUAUGAUGGCUCUUGAAAUGAAGAAGACAGAAGCCUGAAACUGAUAAUUAGUGUCUCAGUAAUCCUUAUUAGGAACUAACAAGUUUAUAUUCCAGAUAUCCAAAGCUUAUUCCUUGAGGUGUUGAAUUUUUACUAUUUUAAGCAUUUUUGAUGAGAAUAUUUCCAAAAUACAUCAUUCUUUGCCUAUGAAACAGAGUAGACUGAAAACAGUUCAGCUUGUUUGGAUAUUAUUUCCUUAUGUAAAUGAAUAGUUCUGUGCUAUGAUACACUCUUGCUCGAGGACUAUUGAGAAAUAAAGGGCCUGUGUAUCCUUA